AUAUGAACCGAACACCACUUGGAGAACAUACAGAUUUUGCUAACAAUUGUUGAACGAUCUCUGUUAAAAGCCGUCAUCAUGAAGUUAUCGAUUGAAAAAUUAUUAUCAGUGGUUAUUCUGUCUAUUGUUUCGUUAUCGCAUGUCAAGGCCGUCAAAGUUACAAUUACCGAUUUUUACGUAGAUGUCUCAGACAACGACUUAGUCGUUUCAUGGAGUCCCAGCCUAUCGGAUAAUCUUAUUUCUUCACAGAUUUUUGUCAAACAGGAUUGUCCAGGUGAAAUAGAGGCCGAUAUAACGAUUUAUAACGGCGAUGACGUAAUUAAUGAAAUGAACAAGAUAUUCGAUAAACCAAUAAAGGAGUUGGAAGGCUAUAAUAUCUGUGCGUCGAUAGAAACCCCAAAUUCGGAAGAUGAUUCGUGCUCUUUAGCACAGGGUGAACAAGCAAUUUCAGAUUGCGAUGUAAGCGAUUUUUUCAGCGGUAUGAACCCUGGAGAUUAUACUGCAAAAUUUGAUUUCAAGCAAGAUGACAAUCUAGUUUCUACUGCCACACUAAAAGUAAAAGUAGAAGCUGAGCAGGAAUAAAAUAUUCGAAUUCGUUCGAAAUUACACUACCAGAUAUCUUUCAACGUUUAUAUUUAUUAUGUCCAAUGCAUGAUUGUAAUUAUUGGUUACUUAAUGUUGUAAAAGUAACUCCUAUUUUCUUUGGAUAAUAAAGAUAUUAGCAUACACACGGAUA